GUUCAAAUUAUUACGCUACUGUCAUUUGGAGUUGUCACUACCUUUUAAUUAAAUUACAAUGACAAUUCCUACACUAAUACUUGAUAUGGGUGGUGGAUCUUUAAAAAUUGGAUUUUCCACAGAUUCUGAACCAAAAGUAGUGGACAAUUGUAUUUUCAAAUCAAAAACACUCUCUGGUCGUACAUUUAUUGGAAAUGAAAUUGAACAGUGCAAUAAUUUAUCAAGUUUAUUUUGUGUUAUGCCAUUUAAAAAAGGUUACAUUAAUAAUUGGGAGGUUCAAAGUCAAAUUUUGGAUACAGCUUUUAAAAGCGUGUUUAAAACAAACUCGAACUUCUCAUUAUCUGAUCAUAAUCUAAUCGUUACAGAACCAUAUUUCAAUUUUUCAUCAACUAAAGAAGCUAUGAAUGAGGUGUUCUUUGAAGACUAUCAAGUUGCUGGUCUAAUGCGUACUAAUCCUGCAUUUUUAAGUGCAUACAAGUAUCGAAUCGAGUCAGCUCAACGUUUAUCAAGAUAUUGUAUGGUGAUUGACUCUGGCUAUUCAUUUACGCAUAUUGUACCAAUGGCUGACGGACUUGUAAUGAAAGAAUUUGUCAUGAGGUUAACAGUAGGCGGGAAAAUACUCACAAAUCGUUUAAUUGAAGCUGUAUCUUAUCGGCACUUAGAUGUACGCAGUGAAAUAUACAUUAUGAAUCAAUGCAAAGAAGAUACAUGCUACGUAUCAGUUGAUUUUUGGAAAGAUAUGAAUAUUUCUAGUAGGUCGAAACCAAAAUCAAACAGCAUAUUAAGAGAAUAUGUAUUACCCAACUAUGUAGAUGUGCACAGAGGAUAUGUUCGUGAUCCGAAUACUGAAGCCGCGAAAACUGGUGGAAGUGAUAAGCUAGACCAACGGGCUUUAAGCCUAGCUCAACAAGGAUAUAUUUUACGUCUGAAUAAUGAACGUUUCACUGUCCCAGAAUUACUUUUCCACCCUUCUGAUGUCGGCUAUAAAGAGAUGGGUCUAACUGAAGCUAUUCAGCAUAUAAUGUGUGAACGACUACCGGCUGCAGUUAGACCAGGAGCUUGGGCAAAUUUCAUGGUAAUGGGAGGUAAUGCAUGCUUUCCAGGAUUUACAGAAAGACUGCGUAAAGACUUGCGUACUCAAGCACCUGAUGACCUUCCAGUGAAUAUAUUUAAACCACCCAAUCCUCAAACCUAUGCCUGGGAAGGUGGUGUACUACUCUGUCAGAAUUCAGAGUCUUUUAAUCAAUUCUUAGUUACACGUAAAGAAUACGAGGAACAAGGAUCAAGUUAUUGUGAGAAACGAUUUCCUACUACUUGAUGUGUAUUGCGUCAUCGUCAUUCCCCUCUCUCUCUCUCUUUGCAUACUUCUGUACAGGAUAAACCAAGAAAAACACACAUAAAAUGAAAACAUUUGUAUAUGUUCAAAUAUGUAUAUAUGAAUAUGUGUAUACUUAUUCAAUUAUUUAUUGUGUCAAUGUGUAAAUAUGCAUGUAUGUAGUUUUAUAUAUAUAUAUAUUUAUAUCAUAUGAAAUACGUUGUGGUCUUUUUUUCCGCUGCACAAAAUUUUAUCUAAAGGUUUUUUUGUUUUUAAACAAAUUAUGAAAAGCUAGGGGAAGAACAUAAAAGAGAACUCCACCCCAGAGGGGGCCCCUUCCAAGCUCACCUGUCUGCCUUACAACACUCAAAAAUAAAAGUGAGAGUAGCAUUUGUUUAAAUAGAAAAAAGGGGGGCGGGCGGGAAAUUUAACAAAGUACAAAAUAAAAACAGUAUCAUGCAAUAGGCAUAUACACACACACGCACGCACACCAAAAACAUAGGUAUCUAUCCACUUUUUUUAAUAUUGGAAAUUAUAUAACACAUGAUGACGAUGAUGGCAGGUUGGCAGACAGACAACCAGGCAAGCGAGCAGGAAGGAUGGUUCGUAGAGGGAUUCAUUUUUUAAAAUGUGAAUAUAAAAAGGGAAAGAAAACAAAAAGGUGUACAAAUCUUCAAUUAACUUUGAAUGUGAAGGGGAGUAUUCAGUCAACAAGAAAAGAAAACGGUGUAGGGAUUGAUUUUGUGUCUGAAAGGUUGAUCAGUAUACACAUUUUUAUAAGGAUACAAAGUGAGUAAAAAGCUAAAUGGAUGGUUGUUUCUUCUUUACAUAAUUCAUAGAAUAACUAAUUAAAAAAAUGUGAUGUGAUAGCCAGUCAGUCAGUCAGCUAGGUAUUAGUGUACACAUGAAUAUAUAUAUAUAUCAGGCAUUCUUCAAAUAUACACCGUAUUUAUACAUAUAUGUAUAUAUCUAUCUUAAACCAACAAUGAUUUGAUUAUAAUUUAUAUAAACAAAUACACAAAAGAGAAAAAAGAUGACACAAUCAGAGAAUGAGGGAGUGAGUACAAAAAAGAAAGAGAAAACGCAGUCAUUUUACAUCCUAAAUUAUUAUUCUCAUUAAAUGUUAUACCGUAUCAGCGUACAUAUAUAGAGAAAGGAGAAAAGUGUUCCCGAAUGGUUAUUUAUUAUUGUUAUUAUUAUUGAGCUGUAGCUAGCCAGCCAGCUAAGUUGUAGCUGAUUAAUUUCGACAGUGUAUUUUCUUGUUCUAUGUAUUUUAUAAUAAUAGUAAUAAUUAUGUCUAUAUACAACAUAUGCAUGCAUGCAUGCACGUACUUAAAUGGUGUGGAUCGCUUCGUAUACAUAUAUAUAUAUAUAUAUAUAUA